GAUUGAAAAAACUUCUAAGGCAGUCACAUCUCGGAAGAGAAGAAAAAUCCAUGCGGAUUACACAAAGCUUGACAAUAAGUCUACACAGGUGGAUAUGAUGUUAGAGCUACGUAAUUAUGGGGUUGAAAUAAUCUCUGUAGAAGUGGGAAAUAUGGAAGAAUUGAAUAUAGAUGACGUGAAGGUAUGUGGGGACCAUAAAGUUCUUAAAAUAGAGCUUGAAGACAUGUUAGACAAUUUUCGUGGUGAAGCACUGAUCAUGCUACAUAAUAAGAAAUAA